GAUCGCGAAGGGUGCGCGAGAGUUCGGAGGUUUCGACGUUCCACCGCAGGGUACUCAGCCUCAUAUUUCCGUUUUCUUCUUCUCUAGGGUUUUCCUCGCACAACAGGCGCCCGGAAUCGGACUCGAGGACGCAGUGGGAACUGGGAAGUGGAAACCUUAACAGGAUAGUGCUUUGAACAUCCAAUGGGAAUUUGCUUGGGACGGAGUCGAGAUAAGGCUGAUGAUUCUAAUGUUUGUUUCACCUACGGAAAUGCACAUAUUGUACGCAGCCUAGAAGACUGGGAUGAGAAGAUUUCUGAAGCGAAAAAAGAAGGCAAAAUAGUUGUCGUGAAUUUCAGCGCAGCUUGGUGUGGUCCUUGUAGAGUGAUAAUUCCCUUCUUCGCUGAACUUUCUCUCCAGUAUCCUCAACUAUUUUUCCUCAGCGUAGACGUUGACGAUUUACCGGAUCUCUGUACUUCAAUGGAUAUACACGCCACCCCAACCUUCUUCUUCUUCCGCGAUGGAAAUCAAAUUGACAAACUCGUGGGUGCCAACAAACCCGAAUUGCACAAAAAAAUUCUCGCUUUUGCAGAAUCAGCCCAUUGCUCCAACUGAUUCUCUCUCUGUAAGGGCAUUUACAUACAUACCACGCAAUUCCUAUAUAUUUACAUGUCCAACUCCUGAACUUCAUUUUCGAACAUCUCUACCACCCAAAUCUACAUCAAGAGUACUACUAUUUUGACGUUUAGGUGUUAUAUAUGUAAAUACAUACGAAUUAAGUGGUAUGCAUGUAAAUCUUCCUUUCUUUUUUCCUUUGAUUUUUUUUUGUUUAGGGUUUAGGGUAACUCUUUACCAAUUCUCUGAGCGCUAUAUGUUAACCAUGUCAUUUCCA